UCCGCUGCCCCGCUUCACACCUCCACCAUUAUAAUCCCCCCGCCCAUUCCCUCCUCCUCCCUCGUCUUGCUCAACGCCGCCGCAAGCUUUGCCCACACGCGCACCGCCAGCCACCAGCUAGCCCAGAUGUUCCUCACCGACAAGUACCACGCGCUCCUCCCCAUCCACUCCGCCAAGGGCCACCGCAAGCCGGCCGAGCCGGUCUCCAGGUUCGACACCGCGCUCGCCGCGCGCCUGGCGAGCCUGCUGCCCUUGCCGGCCUCCCCGCUCGCGGCGCUCGCGCGGCUGACCGACCUCCUCGCGGCCACGCUAGCCGACGCCGCGCCCGCCCUCUCCUCCGCCUCCGCCUCCGCCGACGACGCCGCCGUCGCCGCGCACCUCGACGCGGGCGUCGCGCUCCUCGACGCCUGCAACGCCAUCGCCGCCCGUGUCGACCGCCUGCGCCGCCGCCGCCUCCUCUCCCGCCUCGCGCUCCACCUCCUCUCCUCGUCCCCGUCCUCCGCCCAGCGCGCGCGCGCCGCGCUCGCCGACCACGGCGGGGCUCCCUCGCCGCCCGUGCCGCUCCCGUCCGUACCGUUCGCCAACCCGCCCCGUGGCGCCGGCCGCCAGCUCACCGGCGCCGCCCGGGUCCUCCUCGCCGUCAACGCAGUCUCCUCCCUCGCCGCCACAGCCGCGGCCACCAUCCUCGGCUCCGACAGCAGCAACCCCAACCCCGCCUCCUUGACCCCCCUCGUCCUCUCCAGCGACCUCCCGUGGGCGGAGCCCUUCAACGCGCUCUCCACCCAGCUGGCCCUCCUCGCCGCCGCUAACACCAGCGAGGUGGACGCCGUGGACGAGGCCGUCCGCAAGCUCGCAUCGGCUCUCGACACCACCGCAGACGAGGCGUCGGUGCUCGCCGCGGCGCAGGAGGUGGAGGAGCGGACGGAGGAGCUGGCGGCGCUGCUGGACCGUCUGUCCGACGCCGUCAACGCCGUCUUCCGCGCCGCGCUGCGCCUGCGCGCCGCCGAGCUGGGCAGCUUCGCCGUGGGACCUGCCGACAAGACGCGUAAAAAGUAGCCGUUCAUCGCCCGCCGCGUGUGUAUACCUGUUGUGUUACAGUACAGUAGUAUUACUCGUGUGGAACAUACUAGAGUGAUACACCAGGCAUGGGUGAGUUGGGUAAUACCGAGUGCGUGCGUGCGUCAAGGAAUGUGGCCAUGUGACGAUAGAUACUUGCAUUUUGCACACCUUUGGAAAUGUGGAGUCCAGUAAAGAAAGAAAAUGUCUGAAAAUUGUCCCAAAUGUUCAGCUGUCUC